AUGCCUCGCGGUCCUCUCACAGCACUCUCCGCAGAGGAGCGGCAGCUUACGCAACGCAAACUUGCUAUUGCUAUGUAUGGCUAUUCCUGGUUGAAACCCGCUGGGUGUAGUAAAACAAUGCUGGGCAGACGUGAAGAGGAGCUUGAACGCGAAGAAAUCGAACGUCAGAUGAGAGAAACCGAGAUGCAAGAACGUAUGGCUGCUGAGGCGGAUGAGAUGGAAAGACAGGCGGAGCGGAACGCCGAAGGUGAUGCUGCUGGCAUGAACGAUCGAGACCUGGACGACGAGGUCCCUGACGCCGAUGGAGAAGCCGAGGCCAACGAUGAUGAUUGGCGCGAUAUGGUGUCGGAAGCAGGCGAAGGUGACAUGGGUGGAAGAGAUCUAGACGACGACAUCCCCUCAGCUGCAGACGAUGAAGCCAGCGAUGUGUUCUCGGAUGACUCGAAUCCACAACCUCAGAGCAGUCCGCAGCGCGACUCUUGGACGUACGACACGAGACGUGAGCCGAGCACGCCUUCGAUCGAUGGGCAGGACGUCAAUGCUGAUGCAGAUGCGGCCCUUCGAAGAAUCCGUGCUCAAGCCCGUUUGCAACGCCAAGCAGGCUACCAGCGAAGACCGGGCGCACCAGGCUCAGACUACGACGUCGACGAGCGGGACGCCGAAGCAAUGGCACUGGCCGACGAGAUGCUUGACGAAGACGAGAUGGGCGAAACGAGCUUUGCAUCAAACAGGUAUGGCGUACACGGCGAGUCCGUAGCCGAGCGAGAUCUGGACGACUCCGUGCCAGAAGCCGACUCAGGUGAAUGGGAACACACUGAUAGUGACGAGGAAUUGCCGAUAAGCAGUCCGCCGCGAAGUCGUAGACACGCUCAACCACAUCAAAGUCGCACAUCUGGGUUCGGGGCUCAGGACGACGAGGACGAAGAGAUGGAUAUAAGCUACAUUCCAACAACGGCACAGGAGACCGCCGCAAGAGCUGCAGCCCGCCGAAGCAUCAACGCUCAGCAUAUUGCCCGAUCCAACUCGCCCUAUGCGGCCAAUCCGGGUCCACCUGCAGCAGGACGCACCCCUCGCAGACAAGGUACCGGCGUCCGAGUCGUCAGCGGUAACGCGGCUCUCAUCUCUCCCACGGUGAUGGGCACAAGCUCGCAUGAUCGUCGACAACAGAGUCGGGAAGGCAGUGCUGUGUCCAGCUCAGUCGCCAGUAGUGGCAGGCCAUCUUCUCGGCAGUCGUCGGGCAGAGGAGGCGGGCUGACGGGCAGCACAAGAAGAGGUCUGAGGAGUCAAGCACAGCGAAGCUCAUCGCAAGUUGGUGGCAGCAGUCAAAUGCAGUCUUUUGAGACGCCUACAGUUGUUCCGGCUAUGCUCCUACGGCGACUGGCCCGCUUCUCGGUGAAGACAGCUCGUUCGCGAUGGGAACAGGUAUGGGUCUCAUGA